GGAGCGGCAUCCGGAAGCGUGCGCGACGACGUGGCGGGGUUGGCCGGCAAUCAGCAGUGUUGGGACGAGCCGCUUGUGACGGUGGUGUGUGCUGCCAGUGUGCGAUCGUCGGCAGCGACUGCGUUUGACCACGAUUGUCUUUGAACAGCGGUGGCUGACAGUUUGUAAUUACCUCAGUGUCGGCGGCCGACAGGUUGUGACCGCCGCAGCAUAGGCGAUCGAUAGUUUGUGACCGCCGCAACAUCGGCAGUGAAUAAAUAGUUUGUGCAUUCCGCGGCACCGACGGCCGAUAGUUUGUGCCUUCCGCGGCGUCGGCGGCUGACCGCAGCCAUGCUUUCACCGGUGUCGCUCGAGUUUGAGACGGAGGAGGACAACUCGCAGUGGGUGGACGCCUCGUACGUGAACAAGCUGCCUCGACGCAGCUUCGCCGGCGCCGGCACCAUCGACCUGCAGGACCUGACUGAGAGUGACAGCAGCGUCGAGCGGCGCGUGCUCGUGCUUUACACGGGAGGCACGAUCGGCAUGGUCCGCAAUCAGGACAACGUGCUGGCCCCCUGCCCAGGCGUCAUGGAGAACCGGCUGAGAACGUACCCCAACAUGCACGACCGGGAGUACGCGGGGCAACGCUUCCGACAGGCGGACACGGCCGCUCUUGUGCUGCCGCCUGCCAACGCCUCAGACUCCAGAGUCAUCUAUACUGUGUACGAGUAUGACCCGCUGCUGGACUCCAGCAACAUGACUAUGGACGACUGGAUCCGGAUAGCCAAGGACGUCAAGCAAGCCUACAACUGGUUUGAUGGCUUCGUAAUCCUCCACGGAACCGACACGAUGGCGUACACGGCCUCGGCGCUGUCCUUCAUGCUGGAGAACUUGGGGAAGAGUGUCAUCAUUACCGGCUCGCAGAUCCCUAUUUUCGAGACGCGCAGCGACGGUCGCGACAACUUUCUGGUGGCGCUGCUGCUGGCCGGUCAGUUUACGAUUCCCGAGGUCACCGUGUUCUUCAACCACGAGCUGUUCCGCGGCAACCGCACCACCAAGAUCAGCACGGGCAAGCUGAGCGCCUUCGGCUCACCCAACCUGUCGCCGCUCGUGUCGGUCGGCAUCGACAUCGAAGUUGACUACCGAACGAUAUUCCGUCCUACGACGAUCGCCCGGUUUGAGGUCCACAGCCGCCUCUGCCGACACGUCGGGCUGCUCCGCCUGUUUCCCUCCAUCACGACGGAGACGGUGAAAGCGUUUCUCCAAGAACCGAUCCAGGGGGUAGUGCUGCAGUCGUACGGGGCCGGCAAUGUACCCUCCAACCGCAAGGACCUGCUAGACGCCUUCUACCAGGCCAGACAGCGAGGUGUCAUCGUCGUCAACUGCACCCAGUGCAGUCAGGGCGCCGUCAGCGCCACCUACGAGACGGGCAAGUCCCUGCUGGACGCCGGCGUGCUCCCCGGAGCGGACAUGACCCCCGAGGCCGCGCUCACCAAGCUCGCCUACGUGCUCACCAAGGACGAGUGGGACCUCGAGACCAAACGACAGAAGAUAACGCAGAACCUGCGCGGCGAGCUGACCGCGCACGUGGACGUGGAGCUGCACGACCAGGACCUGGUGGAGGCGAUCGCGCGCAAGAUGCACAUGACCUCGAGCGGCGAGGUGGAGCGGCUGCGCGAGACCCUGUACCCGGCCAUGCUGUGCUCUGCGGCCGAAUGCGGCUCCAUCGAGCGCAUCGACGCGCUGCGGAACUUCGGGGCUGACGUGUCCAGCAUGGACUACGACCGGCGCACGCCGCUGCACGUGGCUGCGAGUGAGGGCAAUACGGCCGUGCUGCGUCACCUGCUGCUGCACGGCGCCAGCGUUCACAUCCGCGACCGCAGCGGCGCCACGCACUCUCCACUCGGCCGUGGCAGUUCCAGCGGCUCGACUGCAUCCGCAUAUUGGUGGACUGCGGCGCCCAUCUUGUCCAUGGCGCCGGCGCACCUCGGGGGUACGCUGUUCCCGGUUGUGACACCGACCUCGGCCAAGCCGGACGCCACCGGACGCACCGCCCUGCACGUGGCGGCGCUGUCGGGCAAUGCCGACAUCUGCCGGCUCCUGCUGGCCUACGGCGUGAGCCCGGCGGCCAAGGACAUGCUUGGCUUCACGCCGGCCGCGUACGCACGCAUGGCCGGCAACCACGACCUGCAGCGAGAGCUGGACCAGAGCGGUGUCUCUCUGCAGGCCAACGGUCGGGACGCCUUGAACGGGACGCCCGGCCUCUCAACGUUCCUCUCAAGUCGCUGUGACGAGGUGCUGUCGCGCGAGGCGGCCGGGUCGAUGCGCUUCCUGUCCAGCGCGAGCGAGGCUUCGGGCCGGGCGCGGCUGUUACGCGACAGCAGCUUCGAUGAUAACCACUCCGGCUAGCGCCGGCUAGCGCGGCGCUCAUCGAGCUGCCGGAUCGGCGGCUCGCGUCGGAGCCUUGGCGCUGGGGAUGGGCACUUGCGGACGGAAUCUGAUUAGGAGGGCUGGGCGGAGAAUAUGUUGAAAUAUGACGAGGUGCCAGUUAGGCCGAGCCAGGGACGGCCAUGAGACUGAGGGUGCUACGGGUGAUAGGCCUGGACUGAGACUGGAGCAGUCUACUGGUCUCGGGCCCAGGGCCAUGUGAUUGAGUAUUGCUCAGUAGGCUGGAAACUGAGGGGUAGGUCAGGGCUGUCGGAUGGUUCGGCAGAACCUGUGCGCACACAUGGGGCGAAAAACCGGGCGCGGUCCCUUUAAAGAUU